AUGCCUUUCGACACAGCUUUAACGCGCAAGCUCGGUAUUCGAGUGCCUGUCGUGCAGGGUGGUAUGCAAUGGGUUGGAUACGCGGAGCUGGCCUCGGCUGUUAGCAACGCAGGUGGACUUGGAAUUCUCACAGCCCUCACCCAACCAACCCCCGAAGACCUCCGCAAAGAAAUCCGCAGAUGUCGCACCAUGACCAAAUACCCAUUCGGAGUGAAUAUUACCCUCCUCCCUGCUAUGGUUCCCCCCGACUACGCUGCCUACGCCCAAGUCGUCAUCGAUGAAGGAGUCAAGAUCGUCGAGACCGCCGGUAACAACCCAGGCCCUGUCAUCAGCCAGCUGAAGAAGGCCGGCACUAUCAUCCUACACAAGUGCACAACAAUCCGCCAUGCCAAGUCCGCCGUCAAGCUCGGCGUGGACUUCCUUUCCAUCGACGGUUUCGAGUGCGCCGGCCACGUUGGCGAGCACGAUAUCACCAACCUCAUCCUUUUGAGCCGUGCGCGCCAGGAACUCGGCGUGCCGUUCCUCGCCUCGGGUGGAUUCGCCGAUGGUCAGGGCCUCGCUGCUGCCCUGGCGCUCGGUGCUGAGGGUAUCAACAUGGGCACUCGCUUCAUGAGCACCGUUGAAGCCCCGAUUCACCACAAGGUUAAAGAGGCUAUCGUCGCAGCUGACGAGAACGAUACUGAGCUUGUGCUGCGCCGGUGGAAGAAUACUACCCGUCUAUUUGCUAAUAAAGUGGCCAAAGAUGCAGUGAAGGUUGAGAAGGAGAGUAAGACUGGCGAGUUCAGCGAGGUUGGGCCUUAUGUUAGCGGCAAGCGCGGUCGUGAGGUCUUCAUCAAUGGUGACGUUGAUUUCGGCGUGUGGACUGCCGGCCAGGUUAUCGGUUUGAUUCACGACAUCCCAACUUGCGAGGUUCUGCUUACUCGGAUUGAGAAGGAGGCCUUGGAAGCAAUGCGCCGCACCAAGUCUUUGUAUAUUGAUGCUCCCUCCAGCAAGCUUUGA